AUGGCGGAGCACCAACCCUUUGUCGCUGGCACGCAGACGCCCAAGUCGACCGCUGAAGACCCGCCGAAGCCUUUCCGAGAGCAAGUGAACCCGAUCCGCUCGGCCUCCUUCCUCUCCAUGGUGAGCAUGGUGUGGCUGCAGCCGCUGAUCUCUCUCGGUGCCAAGCGCGCCUUGGAGCGAGAGGACGUGUGGGCCAUGUGCCCCGAAGACACGUCCGAGGUGCUGCGUCUGAAGUUCGAGCGCGAGCUUCUCUCUAUCAGCAGCAACAAGGAGACGUCUACGUCGUUGGGCAUUCCACGUGUCGCUCUGGCAUUGGUGAGGACCUUUCCACGCGAGAUCGCUGUCGUGUUCGCGAGCGACCUCAUCUUCAUCGCUGGCUCGGCCCUCAUGUCCUUCUUCGUCGAGGCCAUCUUGGACUACAUCAACGACCGCGACAAUGUCUUCGGUAUCGAGAACGGCUACGUUCUGGUGGUUCUGCUGUCGCUCGUGGCCUUCGUGUCCAUGAUGAGCUUCAACUUCGCCUGGUUUAUCUCGUCUCGAUCCCUGCGGCUCUCGAGCGAGGCGCGUCAGAAGUAUUCCUCCGGCGAGAUCAUGACGCUCGUGAGCGUCGACAUUGACCGGGUAUUCAACGGCAUGAUGAAUGGCCCGUGGGUGGUGUUGUUCGACCCUAUCGCUGCUCUUGCUGGUCUCGUGCUGUUGAUCGUGGUGCUGGCCACUUCGUUCAACCUGGCCAAGCGGAUUGGAAGAGCUCGGCGCGAGCUUCUCCCCGUGACUGAGGAGCGUCUUCGCCUCUACCCCUGGAACGAGUCCGUGGCGACAAGAGUGGAGAAGAUUCAUUCUCAACUCCGCGCUGCUGUUCCCACGUUCCUGGCCGGUGUGACGGUGGGCGUCUAUGUCGUGUACCGAGGCAGCUUCUCAGUGAUCCAGGCGUUCACGCUCAUCGCCGUCAUCAACGUUAGCCGCCAAGGCGUCAACGCGUUCCCGUUGGGCAUCGCCGAUCUGUCCCAGUCAGCGGUGGCGUGUCAUCGGAUCGACGAGUUUUUGGACAGCACCGAACUGGAGAUCGUCACCCCCACGAGUGGUCGUGUUGACGAUGACUCUCUUCCAAGAGGAAGCAUUUCGAUCGACGACACUCAGUAUUGUUGGCCCACGUCAGUAGCUGACGACGGAGAGAAGGAGGGCAACAUCGCCUGUGAUACGAGAGCCGUGAAAGGUUUCAGCCUCGAAGAAAUCAACCUCCACAUUGACGCCGGAGCUCUUGUGAUGGUUGUCGGCCCGGUUGGUUCAGGGAAGUCUAGUUUGCUGCAGGCAUUGCUCGGUGAGAUGCGGAAGACAGCCGGCAGUAUGGACAUUCAGGGCGAUAUCUCGUACGUGAGCCAGGAAGCCUGGAUUCGAAACGCAACUUUGCGCGACAACAUCGUAUUUGAGGGAGAAUUCGACGACGAGCGCUACGAGAGCGUCCUUCGGGCGUCUCAAUUGGCUUUGGAUUUGGCUGCACUGCCUAGUGGGGACCGCACAGAGAUCGGAGAACGAGGGAUCAACUUGAGUGGAGGACAAAAAGCCCGUGUGAGUGUCGCUCGAGCACUUUACCGACAGAACUCGGACAUCCUCAUGCUUGACGAUCCAUUGAGUGCUGUUGACCCUCAUGUGGCAAAUGCCAUCUUCGAAGAGUGCAUCCUGGGCCUCGCCAGACUCAAAACCCGUGUGCUGGUGGUUAAUAGUCACUACGAUCUGCUUGUCCACGCGGACAAAAUUGUGGUUCUACAGCACGGACGAAUUGCUGGUCAAGGAAACUACGCUGAUAUCGUUGCUCGGUUUCCUGAUGGACGUGACGCGAAACCUAACGAUGAACUUGUGGAGAAGGAAGACCGCGUGAAAGGCCGAGUGACCGGCUACGUGUACAAGAUGUACCUUGACGAGACGGGCUUCGGUGCAUUCAUGGUCGUGACGAUCGUUGUUCUGGGGUAUUCAAUCAGCCAGGGGCUGCUUGUUGUCGUGAACUGGUGGCAGGCGUACUGGGCCAGCAACAUGCGUGAUCCAGAUUCGUCCAAUUCGGCCACGUGGUUUGGUCUCUGGUACUUUGGCUUCAUCGCCUUUGGAGCGCUCGCAACCGUCUGCCGCAGCAUCACCGUCAUGCUUCUGUUGCUUCGCAGCUCCAAGAACUUGCAUGACGAGCUCUUUCGACGUGUACUUGCCGCCCCAGUGAACACGUACUUCGACGUGACACCCGUGGGGAGAAUCCUCAACCGGUUCUCAAACGAUCUGGAUCAGAUGGACUCGUUGCUGCCGCAGCAAUGGCAGAACUUCGUUCAGAAUGUUUCGUUGAGCGUGGGGGGAUUCAUCGUGUGCGCUUUGGCGUCGUAUUGGAUCGGCCUUUCAUACAUCCCCGUGGUCGCAGCACUCGUCGUGACGGGGUUCUACUUCAAGAAAACGUCGCGGGAGGUGAAGCGCCUCGAAGGAAUCUCGCGGUCGCCAGUGUACAACCUGCUGGGUGAGACGUUGAAUGGGGUCCAGACGAUUCGUGCCUUCAGGAUGCAAGCCACGUUCGAGGCGAUGAACGCGCGUGCUGUGGAUGAGAAUGCUUCGUUCUUCUUUAUCUACUGGGCAGCGGGUCGUUGGCUGGCGGUGCGGCUCGACACGCUCUCGGUCGUGGUCAUAUUCGUGGUGUCGCUGUACCUGGUGGCCACCAAGGGGCAGCUCGGCACCUUGCUCUCUGGGAUUUCUCUCGUCUACGCGCUCAUGUUGACCUCGAUCGUGCAGUCCUCAGUGCGCGACGUUGACCGCACGGACAACGCGAUGACCAGUGUUGAGCGCAUUCUCCACUUCCGCGAGAUCCCUCAAGAGGAAGAAGAUUCAUCGGCCAAGCUUCCGAUCAACAGCGACCUGUGGCCAUCGCAGGGUGCGAUCACGUUCGACAACCUCCACCUCAAGUAUCGUCCGGAGCUGCCACUUGUGCUGCGGGGUGUCAACAUGAGAGUUGCUGGUGGUGAGAAGGUGGGGAUUUGCGGACGCACUGGGGCCGGCAAGAGCUCGUUGAUGAUCGCACUCUUCCGCAUCUGCGAGUUCGAGACCGGGACCAUCACAAUCGAUGGCGUUGACGUCCGGGACGCCAGACUACACGAUCUACGACGGAGCCUCGCCAUUAUCCCGCAGGACCCCGUGCUCUUCAGUGGCCCGCUGCGAGAGAAUCUGGACUUGUUCGGAGAGUACUCGGACGCUGAGAUCUGGACGGUGAUGAAGCAGUGCGGUGACAACCUGUCCGUCGGCCAGCGCCAGCUCCUCUGCAUCGGCUGCGCACUGCUCAAGAACAGCAAGAUCGUCGUGCUAGACGAGGCCACCGCCAACGUGGACACGACCACCGACAGCCUCAUCCAGGCCACCAUCUGA